AUGUUCUACAGCCAUGAAAUCCUCACCUCGCCCGAGCAUGGUGUCGCAACCAUCUGGCUCGUCGCAACACUGGGAUCUCGGUCCAUCGCCAGAAGACUCAACAGAAAAGCCAUACAAGACGUCGACGUCCCCAAUGCGUGCCGGGUGAUCAUCAACCCGGAGGCGCCGAUGGCCCUCCGGCUCCAGGGGAGCUUGCUCUACGGAGUCUCUCGAGUGUACAACCAGCAGUGCGGGUACAUUCUACUUGACACACAGGCAAUGCAUGACAAAAUGGUCUCCAAGCUGAAGAUCGUGCCGGGGAGUGGACUUGAUCCUGCCGCCGGACAGACCAAGCCGAGCAACCUGAUCCUGCCUUAUGACCCAUCUUUCCUACCCGAGACAGCUCUCCCAGGGCUGGAAAUUGACUUGUCUUACUUCACCUCUACUGCAGAUGAUAGUUUGAGCCAGCUCAGUGGUCUCUGGACCAAGUCACCCAAUAACAGUUUAUCUGGGACUUCGCAGCUGUCGAGCCUGCAGCUUGAGCUCCCGUCUGAUGAUAUGCUGGGCGAGGGCGCCGUCUUUGGGCUGGAGGAUGCCAAUGCGUCUGCGAACAGGGACGACGUUGUCGGCGGUAUGGAAAGGAUUGAUAUGGGCAACGAGCAGGGGGUUUUGCUUCAGCCUGACUUCGAGUUUGAUGAGGAUGGCAAUAUCAUCGAGCUCGGUGCUCAAGAUAACUCUCCUCUUGCCAGGAAGUCCAGCGAUAGACUGAGACAGAGUCGGGAGGCCGUUGACAACCAGCAAGGCCAGCUCUGGGAAGACCCCAUGGAGGUUGACGAGACCUGGGGAGCGGUCCAGAGAAACGAUAUGAUGGAACUCGAUAACCAACUCGCAGAAGCAGACCUUCACAACGAGGAACCAGACACACGUCAACCGAAUGAAGGCUCCGAUGGGAUUGAGCAACCGAUUGAGGUCCCAGCAGUGACAACCCGCCGUGUGAGACGUCCGAAGGAAAUCAUAUCCGAUGACGCCACGGGACUUCGAAACAUGACACUAGCCCAGUGGAACAAUGAGUAUGUCGCAAAUAUGAUCCAAGCAGCGAAGCAGAAGGAGCAGAACAAGAUCCCCACCGUUGCAAAGAAGAACGCUGCUUUCUGGGUUUUAGGUCAAGGGCUUGGCUCAGUCGGAAUCGGAUUGGGAACGGGCCGCGAGCCGCAUCCGCUCGGUUUUUACUCAGGCGAGGAACUGUUCGAAGCCAUCGGCGGAUACCCCAAGGAGAAUGAGCGAAAGCGCAAAUCAGACGACGAAGAGGUCUCAGAGGGACGCCGCGUGCGUGCCAGAGAUGAACAGGCCGACCAUCUCAGCCGCGAGAACAUCGCCCGUCUGAACAGGGAGGCCGAAGUCGGCCGUGAUGCGCCUUCCAGUCUGAUUGAUGACCACUCGUCCCAGAUGCCGUGGAACAUCACCGCCUCCAUUCAAAGCUAUCGACAGAGACAGCGAGUUGGAAGUGUCAGCGAGAUGUCCUCCCAAGGACAUAAGGCCCGAAGCCGACUCACGAGCGCCAGUCCUCUCGCCGGUCGCAGCUAUCUCGGAGGCCAAGACCAACUCGAACCCGAGCUGGGCGAGUUCGGCGACGAUCUGGAUCUUACCCAGUAUCUGGAAGGUGAACUUGCGACAGACCGCGAGCGUAUCAGCUCGCUGUCGCCGAGCAAACGCUCUGCCAUUGAACGCGUCAUGGCGACACUUGAUCGGGAAAGCUGGAAUUUCAUUGACUUCAUGAAAUCCAAGAUGCAUGUCGUUAAAGACAACGCGAGAGAUGCGAGCCAAAGUCCGCACAGCAACCUAUCCAGCCCGUUCGCGGGUAGAGUCAGGCAGACCACCUUCGCGAGUCUUCUGCCGCCCGAGAACACUACGCGCGCUAUCGCGACUCAGGCUCUGAUGAACGUACUCACGCUGGCUACCAAGGGUGUGUUGCAUGUCCACCAGGAUGAAUACAUCAACGAGAGCACCUUCGAGCACGGAGUCCGUUAUCGAUACGGCGAGAUUCACCUGAAACUUUCCGGAAUGUAA